AUGCCAGACGCUGAGAAUGUCUUCCGGAUAGAAAAGCGAUGCGUCGCAUGUGAGACGGCUGCACUGUCCUGCGAGGGCAUCAAAUGCAGAGCCAACGAGGUCUGCGUCCAGAACUCACGAACAUGCGACCAGUGCGCCUCUGUCGGCUGCCAGCCCGACCCCACGGCAGGCGAUGCUCCUGCUAGCAAGCCAAACGUCGGUGCCAUUGCCGGAGGAGUUAUCGGAGGAAUCGCCUUCAUCGCCAUUCUCACAUUCAUCGUAUGGAAGUACUGCCUAAAGGGAAAGAGGCGGCCCAUGUCCCAGCGGAGCGAGUGGCAGGAUGUCGACAUGACGGCGCAAGAGAAGGCCGAGAACGACUUCCAGUCACGGCGGAGCGCGCGCGCAUCCACACACACCGUCGCCUCGAUGGCCUCGUCCGUCCUCACCCGCGCCUCCAACAUCAUCCAGAUCGCCUACAUCCCCGGCGUCACGAACCGCUCAGGCCCCGGGUCGCCCGACCUGCUCGUCCCUCCCGUGCCUCCGAUUCCUGCCAUGUCGCCUUCGUCUGGCAUGAGCACCCCGUACUCGACCGCCGACCAGCACUUCUUCGUUCCCGACUUCCGCGACUCCAUGAUGUCUUCCAGCACCGCCGGCCGCACAAGCAUCGCUCCAAGUCUCGCCCAACGAGGCAGCGUUGCAUCGACCAUGUACCGACAAAACGCCAUCGUCUCUCCACUGCCAGCCCAAACCAUCGUACGCGGAAAGGCAGCUGUCGUCAGCGUCAAGUCGACUGCGACCAACAGCCCGGCAGAGACACCCAGCAUGGAGACACCACCUGUACCUUCAAUCGACCCCAAGCACACCGUCAAGCCCAUCCGCAUUCACAUGCCUGGCAUCAGCCCCGCAAACUCCGUCCGAAGCACCGCACAACUAGGCCCUGUCCGCGCCCUCAACAUUACCAAGAAGAGGAGUGGGAGCUCAGACAUGACACCACCCAAGAGCUCGUCCAACUCGACAACAAGCGCAGACCGAACGCUCGUCAACACACCCGAAGUCCUCGUACCCUCUGCGCGCCCACUCACCGGCUACUCAACCACCUCAUCAGAUGACGGUGUUGCCCACUCGCGUGCACGAAGAGGAAGCUUAGCAUCCGACUCUGGAGACGAAUCCGACGAUGACCACGUUCGCGCACGACAAACACUACUUCGUAGCAACUCGGGCAGCGACCGCGGCUCACCAUACCCUGAUUCCCGGGACAGCACGCCGACCAUGGACCGAAGUCCUUUCGCUGACAGCUCGUCGCUCGAACCACCGCGACCCAUCAUGUCUUCACGCAUCACAUCAUACGACACCUCGCUCGGCCUCCGCACACCGAUGACGCCUAUUGUAGAGGAGUCAUCAGCGUCAAAACGCGGCAGCACCGUCUCCAACAGAAGGGACCAGAGCCCGUUCUCCGACAACAACAAGAGCGGGUUGUAA